AUGGGCAGCAUACACACCAAGAAGCACAUUGAGGAAUAUGCAAAGGGAUACGCAACCAAUAUUGCAGCGGAUGCUCUGAGACGGCUGCUCGACGCUUACCACAAGGCCUGGAUGCUCGACCUGACCAUCGUACUGGUGGGGGGCACCAACAUCAUCACGCCAGGCUUCAAGGCGGACUUAACACGCCAUCUGCCCCACAUCGAAAUCCUCGAAGUGAUCAAUGGUACACUGGCCGACAUCGAUUCCAAGGAUUUCAAGCGCCACUUCGUUAUCAUGACGGAACAGAACGAGGGCGGGUCAAUCAAACCGAGCAUGAUUGGAUCGGGAGUUAAGCUGGUGGUUGACCUCGGUUUUGAUGUGAAGACCAAAAUGGGUGACUUGGAUCCUGGGGUGCACGACAUUAACAAUCUUGUCGUCGUGCCUACUCCAGGAGGAGUGUUACCGAUUCCUCUCGAAACUGCUAUCCUCUAG